AUGGAACCGAUCAAACCUCGAGAUGCCCUGUUUGGUGGACGUACCAAUGCAGUCACUCUCUACCAUGAAGUAGACGAAAGCACCAAUCAAGAGAUCAAGUACGCUGAUAUUUGUUCACUGUAUCCGUAUGUGAACAAAUACAAAGAAUAUCCCCUCCAUCACCCUGUCAUUCUAAGUCAGGAGGAAAUUGAUAUGACAAACCUUAGGAAAUACAGGGAUUUGCUCAAGUGUAAGGUACUCCCUCCUCAAGAUUUAUGGUUACCCGUCCUACCCAUGCAUUGCAACAAGAAAAUGGUGUACACCUUGUGCCGUACAUGUGCAGAGAAAGAACUUGAGACCUGCUCACACUCACAGGAGGAAAGGGUCUUGGUCGGGGUUUGGACUUCAGUGGAAUUGAAUAAGGCUUUAGAUCUAGGUUACAAAGUCAUUGAAGUAUAUCAAAUCUGGCACUUCAAGGAAUGGAGCGACACUGUCUAUAAGGAAUACAUCAAUAAGUACUUGAAAAGAAAACAAGAGGCCAGUGGUUAUCCCAACUGGGUUAAAACUCAAGCUGAUAAAGACAAGUUCAAAAGCGACUACUUUCAGGCCGAAGGUGUCCUCCUUGAAGAUGUAGAGAAGAAUUUUGGCGAAAGGGCCAUGGCCAAAACCAUGCUGAAUUGUCUCUGGGAAAAGAAUGCCCAAAACAAUGUUUUGCCAAAAUCGGAAUACAUUGACAAGUCAGCCAGGUUAUACGAGAUCAUGGCUGACUCUCAGAAAAAAGUCCACUACUUUGACUUCUUUGAACAUGAUGAGUUUUCUCUGAUCAAUUAUUCCGAUUACACGGAUAUGUCAGAACCCCAUGCAGCAGCCAGUCUGGUAGUUGCAGCGUUUGUCACUGCCUAUGCUAGGUUAGAACUGUACUCAGUCCUGGAACGUUUAGGGGAUCGGGUCUUGUACUUUGACACAGACAGUUGUAUGUACAUUUACGGCCCGGAUAAAUACAACAUCCCCAUUACAGACAGUCGUUUGGGAAAGUGGACGGAUGAAGUACCCAAUGGAAGAAUUGUCAAGUAUGUUGCCCUGGGUCCUAAAAACUACGGGUACGAGUACAUUGUCAAUGGGGAACGCCACACGGUGUGCAAGGUCAAAGGAAUUACCCUGGAUUACAAUACCACCCAAAAAGUCAAUUUCAACAGUAUGAUACAAGCUGUCCAAAACAGGGAAUCCUUUUCAGAACUCGUUGAAUAUCCAUACCGUAUCAAAAGACACAGAGAUAGAAAGGUCACCAGUGAACUCCAGACCAAGACUUUCCGUUCGGUGUAUACAAAACGUGUCGUGGUGGAUCUAUAUAAGACCGUGCCUUACGGAUAUGUUCAGUCGUAG